CGGACGGCUGCCGUGAGCCCCGAGGCCCGAGCCGCACCGGAUCGCCUGCCGCCGCCGCGUCGUGUCGGGACCGGACACUUCACCCGGCCAGCACACAGUCCCCCCGCCACCGGCGCCGCGGCGGCACCGGCCAUCGGCUCUCUUCGUCCCGCCCCCGCUUCCGGAAAGAGCGAGGCGUUUCCCUCUCGAGCCUCCGCGUGGCCAGGUGCGACGCCUCGGAGUGGCGGCGGGAGAUGGUGAAGAUAGUGACGUACAACGUGAACGGGCUGCGGCCGCGGGUGGUGCAGCACGGCUCGCUCCGCCGCCUCCUCGACGCCCUCGACGCCGACAUCAUCUGCUUCCAGGAGACCAAAUUGUCAAGACAGGACCUGUCAGCAGAUGUCAUAAUGGCUGAAGGAUACGAGGCUUUUGUUUCAUGCAAUCGCUCUGCUAAAGGGCGUGGAGCAUACUCUGGUGUUGCAACAUUUUGUCGAGUAACAUCAGCAUUUUCCAGCCAGGAGGUUGCUUUGCCAGUAGCAGCCGAAGAAGGAUUUACUGGACUUCAGGACUAUGCAAAAAACAGCGAAAUUGUUGGGGAUUUUGUUAUUGCAACUCCUGUAGAGGAGGAGGGCCUUGGUGAAAUCACAAGAGAGGACCUUAUAAAGGUGGACAAUGAGGGGCGGUGCAUCAUCACCGAUCACGGACAUUUUGUGCUUUUCAACAUAUAUGGCCCAGCUGUUGAAGCAGAUGAUAAAGAGCGGGUUCGUUUUAAGCUACUAUUUUAUAAGAUACUGCAGAAACGAUGGGAACAUCUAUUGGCUCUUGGAAAGAGAGUCUUUGUUGUUGGUGAUUUGAAUAUUGCUCCUGCUUCAAUAGAUAGGUGUGAUGCGCCGCCUGGUUUUGAGAAACAAAUGUUCCGAGAAUGGCUGAGAUCCAUGCUGAGAGAACAUGGAGGUCCCUUUUUUGAUGCUUUUCGAUCAAAACACCCUGAAAGGGCAGGAGCAUAUACUUGCUUUAAUCAAAAAAUUGGUGCUGAAGAAUAUAAUUAUGGUUCUAGAAUAGACCACAUUCUCAUUUCCGGUGCCUGUCUCCAUCAUUGCGAUUCUGCGGAGGAUCAUAGCAUUUUCUGUUGCCAUGUAGAAGAAUGUGAGAUAAUGAAUCAUUUCAAAAGAGGGAAUUCUGAAAAUUUGUCAAAGUGGAAAGGGGGAAGAAGUAUUAAGCUAGAAGGAUCUGAUCAUAUUCCAGUUUAUAUUUUGCUGAAAGAAAUUCCUGAACUUCCAGUUCAUAAUAUCCCACCAUCAGCUGCAAGAUAUCUUCCAGAGGUCCGUGGACGGCAACAGAGUAUUGUGUCAUUCUUCAAUAAAGGGAAAACUUAUGAGCUGCAGGAUGCUGGACGUUUGGUUCUGUCAGAGGAUACAUUAAAUGAUAGCUACUGUAGUGAUGGCUUGGAAAAUAAAACUAUAGCUAAGGUGGGACUGGCAGAUGCAAAAGGUGGUAACCUUCCUAGUUUGAUAUGUAAGGGGGGAGAUCUUGAUCAAUGGAGAAAUGAAGGUUUGAGUGGCAUCUCCUAUAACCGCCAGAAAAAUUCACCAUCUGGCACCAAGGGUGUGCCAAACAAGAAGAUUAAACGCAACUUAUCCUCUCAACCAACAAUCAAGUCCUUUUUUCAACCACCAAGGUCAGAGACAGUAAAUGUCAGUACCAGUACCUUAGUUACUCCAGUGGAAACAGUACAUUGUAUGAAUCAAACAUGUGUUCCAAAUGAUGAUAGUCUGCCAGAAAGCAUGCAGUGCACAACUUCAGGCGCCAAAGAUCAGGAUAACACAAAUGUAUCAUCCUGUUCACUUUCAACAGACAAGUGUAAUGCUGCAGCAUUAGAGUGGCAAAGAAUACAACAAAAGAUGAAGAUGACACUGCCACGUUGCAAAGGGCACCGUGAACCAUGUAUUCCAAGAUCCGUGAAGAAGGGCCCUAAUAUUGGCCGAUUAUUCUAUGUCUGUCCUCGUGCUCAGAGAGCAUAAAGCAUUAUUAUCUUCCCGUGACCCUCAAAUGUUGUAUUUUGUCAAGGGACCUGCAUCAAAUCCAGAAGCGAACUGCGGCCACUUUCAGUGGGCACCUGUAAAAUCUAAAGAGAAACGUUCGUGACCGUUUCUCCUCCUUUCAGGACAUUCUGCUUCCUGUAAGUCUGGUACAUCGCUUUGCCCCAACAUACUGAUGAUGUGGUUAUGUGCUUGUGGAGAGGAGCUGUUCUUUUAAUCAGCACUAAUUUCCCCCUUGGCAGGUACAGAUUUUAUUUUUUAACCCUUUAUUUAGUUGGUUGUUGUAAACUUGUAACACUAACAAAAUGUGACCUUCCAUUGGUUGGCUAACAACCAAAUGACAUCUCAGCAUUCUCUUCAUAUUUACCCUCCUGGUUUGUUAGCUUAUCUUCACUACCAAAUUAUGCAAAUUCUUAAUAGGCUAAUGACUAUUAGUAGAGAAUUCUGACGAAAUCAAACAAAGUUUAUCCUGCAAGCAAUGUGUCGUAUGGCAGCCAGUGUGGGCUUUAUAAAACUAAAUCGUGCUAGCAUUUUAUCAUGUUACCCAUCUCUCUCAAGAAAUGAAGUGCCAGUUGCGCAAUGAUAGCGACUGGUACGUUCCCUUUCCAAUAUUUACUCAUAAAAACAGAACUAUUUAUUUCCACCAGAUGUCAUGCCAUGACUGGUUUUAUUUAUUUCCUUUUUUUUCAGAAUGACGUGAUAAGGCAUAUAUUAGAAAAGAAUUGACACCAUCCUUGAUACAGCCUAUUCCAACAACCAAUUGGAGCGAAUUCAGCUCUACGUUUUUCAGUCGACAAGCAUGUAAUUAGGUGAAUAAUAACACAAAGAAAGUACGUCCAAUGUGUAUGUCGUGGGAGCAGUUGAACGCGGAGCACAGGCUGUGGUCUGUACCCGCGCAGGUCAAAUGAUUGGAAGCAGGAAGCUGAGCUCCGGCUGACUUGAAAGCCACUCCAGUACUUCACGCCGUGUUACGUUUGAUCCUUUUUGUGUGUGUGUGUGUGUUGUGUGGUGUGGUGGGCUUAAACAUUGUUUAUGGGAUGCAAGCAUGAUGAGCCCCGCUUGUCCUACCCCUCAUCUCCCCAAAACUGAAUCACCUAAGAAAGAUGGGAAGGCCAUCUUGCUCGCCCCGUGUCCCCUA